GGCACCAUCUUUUUUUUAUAACUUGGUGCACAGACACGACCGAAAGAGCCACAAAGACGUACAGCAACUACUCACUGAAAGCAUGGAACAAAGUGAACAGAAAGAGCCCAGGGGGUACUGUUCUGGAGCUACAGUGAUUGAAAUCGAGCAGGAUCCAACUCUGGUGAAGGACCAUAUCCUGUGGUCUAUCUUCAGUUUCCACUACCUGAACUGCUGCUGCCUUGGUUUUAUUGCUUUGUGGUACUCCAUUAAAUCUCGUGAUCAGAAACAUGCGAAAAACCUGACACUGGCCAGAGAGUUUGGACUUACUGCAAAGCGACUGAAUAUUGUCACCACAGUCUUGACAAUCAUUACUUAUGUGGUUGUGAUUGCAAUUUAUGCUGCCACGAUAAUUACCAUGAUUUCACAUUUUAACCAGAGGAAUUAAAGAAUAAUCACGUUACAACUUUUUCCUAGAACCACGCAAAUUGGAGAGCCUAUAUGUUAUCUCCCUUAAUCCUGUAUUUGCUGUAGAUGGUCAACUAGUAUCCGGCAUUGUAUUUGCCUAUUUGUGCAUAUUAACAUAGAUUCAUAUUCAAUAGGUAUUACACUGUUGUAUAUCUAAUUUCUUAAAUGGUACAUUCUAUGAACUUUCCUGAAAAUGACUCUCUACUGAAUGCCUGGCAGCUUCUUACUAAAUGUUGAAGCCUGUAAUGCAAAUCGUAGGAAUCUUGGAUAUUUUAUGUAUUGCCAAUGUAAUCUAAAACCUGUGUUUGCUUAUGUACUACAAAUUGUAUUUUUUUCACAUAUGUUUUGACAGUGUUAUACAUUAAAAUGUAUUGAAAACAAA